AUGAGUGACAAAAAAGAAACCAGUGAAUCUACAGACACGGGAGAUACCACAGAAGGUGGUGACUAUGAGGAUGAUUUUGAGAAAGAUCUUGAGUGGCUAAUUAAUGAAGAAGAAAAAGAAAUUUCUGAUGAUAUACAGAAUCAUGAUGACAAUGAAGAGGAUUUUGAAACUAACACUGACAAAGACUUAGAAGAUAGAAAAAAUCCUUCACAAGAUUCUCUUGAGCCUGAAGAAAUACUGAAGGAUGAGGAACGAAAUUCUUCACAAGAACCUCCUGAGCCUGAGGAAGCUCUAAAUGAUGCAUCACAAAAUGAAAUACGUUCUGUAUUUGAACUCGAUCCUAAGGCAUUGGAACCAGCAUCUGAUACAGAUAGCGAAAGCUCUGGUCCAGAAUCAAGGCUAGAAGUCAAGGAGGAAGAUGAUGAAGAAGAUAUAAAGCGUUAUAUCUUAGAAAAAAUUGAAGAAGCUAACAAACUUCUGUUGGGUCAGGAGCCUUUAGAUGAAACAAAAGAAAGAAAACUAAAAUUCAAUGAUAAUAUAGUAGAACUAGAAGUACCAUCUCUGACAAAUAUAGAAGUGGAUAAAAAUGAUCCUUACAGGGAACAAAACAUUGCUGGUAGGCUGUCUCAGUUGCGCAUUUCUAAUGAAACAGGACAGGAAGAUAUAGCUCUGUCCAUUAAUGGUGGCAUAGAUGAUGAGCACAAGGAUGGCAAAAUCCUAGUAGAAAGAGAUGGGAAAUUUGAACUCUUGAGUAUCCGCGACAUUGAAAGUCAAGGCUUAUUUCCUCCUCUGAGUAUUUCUUUCAGUGACAUUGAAACUCAACAUGUUUCUUCUAAAAGUUCAUAUGCUAGUGCUUUUGGUGCAAAAGACGAGUCCUUCCUGCAAACACCUAUAACAUCUUGUUCUCCUUCCAAAGAACGAUAUUUUUUUUUCCCUCAACCACCACCUAUUCGACCAAGCUCUGCCAUCAAUAUUACGAGGAAUAUAGAACGGGGAAGAAGCCCUCGCAGGGUCCAGUCAGCAAAAGUGUGCCUUGAUGUAAGAAGUUCUACAUUCUGCUUAUCACCCAGGCAAAAAGAGCUACAAAAACAAAUAGAGCAAAGAAGAGAGAAAACAAGAAGAGAGGAAGAAAACCAAAAAAAGAUGCUGGAAGAUGAAAAAAAGAAAGAAAAUGACCGAGUCUUCCAGGCUUGGCUACAAAAGAAAAAAGACCAAAUGCUGCAGGAGAAAAGAGUUCAGCGUGCAAAAGAAAUAGAGAACUUAAACAGCAGGAAAUAUUUCAAGGCCACUAACAUAUGCAACAUUUCUUCCUCCUACCUUUGUUCCCUUCAACAACUCUUUGAGGAGAAUAGAAAUCCAGAAGAAGCUUUCAAGUUGUGGCUUAAAAGAAAGCAGCAGGAACAGAUUAAAGAAAAACAGAUGCAAACCCUGAAGGAGCAAGAAGAGGGCAUGUUCUUCCUUCCAAGAACAGCUGAAAACGACAAAGCUUAUAAACAAUGGCUAAGGAGGAAGAGACGUGAGAGGCGAGAAGAGCAACUAGUUGCUAGAGAACGAUCAAAACAGUUUAGACAAGAAGCCAGAAGAGCAAAGCAAAUAGAAAAUAUUCUGCAUUCAAUUUCUGAACCAAAGUCCCUUCGCUUUACAGAUCAAUACUGCUGAGAUUUAGAAGCCCUGGAUGCCUAGUGUGUUCCAGAAUAUCUUGCAUAGCUUGAGAUUGCCUGUUGGAAGUGGUUUCUCUUCUGGAAUGUUUUGAAGUCCUUCAAUAAUGGCUUAAUUUUCUCCAUCUUAGUAAUUUUGCCCCAUCUUAAACGUGGAAUAAUUAUCUAUUUGUGAAUAGAUCGGGAUUGCCUUCUCAGUUCUAUAAAACUUAAAUAAAAUAAAUACUCCUCCUGUAA